AUGGUUGCUCCAUCAUACCGUGAUCUCUUGAAAAGACUCGCUGCAGUUACCAUACCCUCAGCAGCAGGGGUAGCUCUUUAUUCUAAUUGGCCAUCCUCCCAUCGAAACGUUCCACCAUUCAGGCUGGCCAGUAUUUCCGGUGAAGACCAGAUUGUGCCUCCUACAUUCGGCCCUGGAAUUUCUCGUGAGGAUCAACUGAGGAGAUUGAGGAGUGAUGGCAGUCAUAAAUCCAACGGCGAGAACUCCCCUCGUUUCGCAUCAAUUCCCAUAGAUUCGACGACUCCUGUACAGAAGUCUGGAAAGCCGGCUACAAAUGAUGAGGAAUCAGACCCAGAAGAUGUGCCGAAACAGAGUGUGAACGAGUUUGAUAUACUUGUUAUUGGUGCUGGAGCUACAGGCUCUGGCAUUGCCCUUGACGCAGCUAGCAGAGGAUUAAUGGUUGCGUUGGUGGAUCGAGACGACUUUGCAGGAGCGACCAGCAGUAAGAGCACCAAACUCGUACAUGGAGGAGUUCGAUAUCUCGAGAAGGCAGUUUGGCAGCUUGAUUAUACCCAGUAUAACUUAGUCCAAGAAGCACUGCAUGAACGGGCUACAUUUCUGCACAUCGCACCGCAUUUGACAACAUGGUUACCCGUCAUGCUACCCAUUGAUCGAUGGUGGAAGUUACCGUAUUAUGGGGCCGGCAUCAAAAUGUACGAUGUCCUUGCAGGGUCGCAGAACGCGCCGCGCUCGUAUUUCUUGAACAAAGGGAAGGCAUUGGAGGCGUUUCCUAUGAUCCAGCCAGAAAAGCUAGUCGGUGCACUCGUUUACUAUGACGGGUCACAUAAUGAUUCUCGUACCAAUAUUUCCUUGGGGGUGACCGCCGCAGCAUAUGGCGCCACAGUAGCAAACUAUGUUGAGGUGGCCGAUUUGGUGAAAGAUGACCACGGAAAAUUAAUCGGCGCAGGUGCGAGGGAUCUCAUUGCUCGCAAGAAUGGUGAACCAUCUGAAAGAUUUCUCAUCAAAGCAAAAGCCAUUGUGAAUGCGACCGGACCCUUCUCAGAUGCAAUCCGGAAAAUGGACGAUAAAAACAGUGAGGAUAUCGUCUCACCCAGUGCGGGCACUCAUGUGAUAUUGCCCGACUACUAUAGUCCUGACCGCAUGGGACUCAUCGAUCCAGAGACGCCGGAUGGCCGAGUGCUAUUCUUUUUGCCCUGGCUGGGUAAUACCAUCGCCGGAACCACGGAGUCGAGCUGUACCGUAUCGCAAAAUCCCGACCCCUCGGAAAAAGAAAUCCAGUGGAUACUCUCCCAAAUACAAGAAUAUCUCUCAGACACGGUCAAGGUACGGAGGGGAGAUGUCCUGGCCGCUUGGUCAGGUAUUCGACCUCUCGUGAGAGACUUACGUGCCAAAGAUACCCAGUCUCUAGCACGAAGUCAUUCGAUCUUGGUUUCUAAUUCAGGCUUGGUCACUUGCGCCGGUGGAAAAUGGACCACCUAUCGCCAAAUGGCGCAGGAAACCGUCGAUGAAGUGAUUAAGCAGUUCCAUCUAACGCCACGAGGCCUACCGAAGAAACCACAGAUAAGUGGCUCGCAGGGUAUUCAAGAUGAUGCACACUUGGAUGGAACAUGUCAGACUCGCAGACUACAGCUUAUAGGCUCCCAUGGUUUCUCCCAGAUGCUCUUCAUCUCCCUUAUCCAGCAUUUCGACAUCGAAACUGACGUUGCGAAACACCUCGCCGAGUCAUACGGUGAUCGGUCGUGGACCGUGGCGGCCCUCUGCUCUCCCACCCAAGAAUUGUUUCCAGUUCGUGGCAUACGCCUCUCGCGACUUUAUCCCUUUGUCGACGGUGAGGUCCGCUACGCCGUCCGCUAUGAAUCCGCACAAACAGCGAUAGACAUCCUCGCCCGCCGCACAAGGCUCUCCUUUCUCAACGCACAGGCCGCUCUAGGCGCUCUUCCUUUGGUUAUUGACAUCAUGGCUGAGGAACUGGGCUGGUCUCGGGCGCGAAAAGACCUUGAGUGGGCAGAUUGUGUCUCCUUGUUGGGCUCUUUUGGGUUACCGCAUAGUAAACUUGGGUCUUCCCGUCAAGAUGUGGUCAGGAGUGAGGCUCCGUCCGUACCUCACGAAUUCGAUCUGUACGCACGCCACGGUAAGAAUGUCAUAGUCUUUCCCUGGACCACGAAGUGUACUGAUGAGUCAUCCGGACGAUACAGACCAGCCAGCUCCCACGUUGAAAACCGAGAUCGAGUCAUCAAAUGCGAUGCUCGGUCGAGACUCACCCAGGCCGAGCGGGGAAUGGCCCUGAGUUUUGGAAAGCAGUGUCCCACAAGUUCCCUACUGCUUCAUGUUAGUUAA